UUAGUGUUGAGAGAAGCGAAAGGAUAGAAACUUUAUAAAUCAGCUUGGAUUUUCUUUUUAUUUCGAAAGCCAAAUUUUGAAUGUCCGGCUACUUAAAUUAAUAAACGAACAAUCUUAAAGCAAUACUUGGCUGUCAUUAAGAAAUUUUUUUGUAAGGUUAUAGUUUUCAACUCAUAUCUUUUGUAGAAUAUGAAAAAGGUGGCACGCUUGCGUAUACCUAUGGGCGAAGAAUUGGCAAGUGGAUGUCAUUCAAAUAGUUCCAAUAUUGCUUCUGGUGAAUCGAGUGUGCGCACCACAGGGCGCAUUAAGAAACCUAAGGCAGUGUUUGAUCCCUCAGAUAAUUAUUUACCCCGUGCACAACGGCAGCCUAUUGUCACCAGCCUAAAUAAUAGUCAGCAAGGUUCAUCUCUUCAUUCCAAUCAACAGCAAACUGAACGUCGCCCCGUAUAUUCGCGCGCUUCCGUUGCUUGCGACGAUAUCGUAGUUUCUCCAGCUGCCUGCAUUGUAUGUCAAAAAAGGGAAGCUAAACGCAGUUCAUAUGCAAAUAAGAACAAGCUUAUUGCAUGUAUCUUAUGCGAGAAAAAAAUUCAUAGAUUAUGUUUGAAAAUUGACUACGACGAUUUUGAAGUAUUGCGUCAAAAUUUUAAGUGUGAAAAUUGCCGUGUUUGUGAGUUGUGUCACGCUAUUUCCGAUGUAGACGCAGAUGUUGACAAAGAUUUAAUCACUUGUUCUAAGUGCUUCAAGUCGUACCAUCCUAAUUGCCAUAUACCGAAUGUUUUACAAUUUCAACAAAAUGAGCGAAAUUGGAAGUGUAACAAAUGCAGCGUGCCUGGAAUUAUUAAUGGUAACACUUUACCAGUGAAAACUAUACGGGAAAUAAUUGGGGACGAAUCUGCGUCACCUUGGACCGGUAGUGCCAAAAGUGAUGAUAAGGGAUCAUCUCAAAACGUUAAUAUAACUGCUACAGCAGUUGAGACAAAAACAUUAGUGAAACGAUCUCUAACGGAGACAAAGCCUGACGUACAAAAAGACGUUGACUGUGCUGACGCUGAGGAGGAAAAGCGACUCAAGAAAUCGGACAACAACGUACAAAAUAUCCCAUCCUCCAGUUCCAAUAGUUUCGAAGCUCCAAUAAUAUCUAGCCCAGACGAAGACAUCGAUGUACCAGAUGUCAAGGACUGGUCAGUAGAUCAGGUCACGCAAUAUUUCUCCCAAUAUUUCCCGAACGAGGCCCACGUCUUUAAGGAACAAGAAAUAGACGGAACGUCUUUGCUUUUGCUAAAACGUAGCGACGUAAUAAAAAAACUGACUAUAAAAUUGGGACCGUCGUUACGCAUUUACAGUUUAAUCCUCAAAAUACAGAGCCAAUUAAACGAUCCUACUUUGGGUUGGAAUUGCCCCGUUUAAACGUAUAUCACUUUGGAUUUCACAUGUAAAUACACGAAUUACAUUGGCAAUUUCCCAAAAAAUGUGAAGUACGUUAAUAUAUAUU